AUGGAAAAUCCUGUAAGGUUCUCAAGUUGCAGAGGCGUGGCCUUUGAGGUCAAGCCUCAUGCAGAUCCUUUCGCCAUAGCCAAAGCUGCUCAACCAGAACCACAAAAAAGCAAUCGCUUUUGGCCUUUUUCUUCUUCCAAAGUGUUCCCUUCCUCCAUACAAAGAUCUGUCAGCAAACCCAGCAGCCAUUUCUGUGACCUUGAACCAGAAGAAGAAGAAGACGACGAUGAUACUGUUCUUGAAGAUGUCCCAGAAGAAGCCCACGACUUUGAGAACCAGAAGCCUGUCAUGGUCCCACUUCCUAGCAAGCGUGAACAAGUGCAACCAUCAAAGCCUGCACGAAAGAGCGGAUCGAGACUGUCCAUCAUACUGCUAGAUCAAGGGCUUUUCACUGUAUACAAGAGGCUUUUCGUGCUUAGCUUGAUCCUGAAUAUAACUGGCCUGGUUCUUGCAGCAACAGGCCAUUUCCCAUAUGCAAGAAAUAGGGCUGCUCUUUUCUCUAUUGCCAACAUACUCGCUUUGGUUCUAUGUCGAAGCGAGGCCUUCUUUCGUGUUGUGUUUUGGCUUUCAGUGAAGCUCCUUGGUAGGCCAUGGGUGCCUCUUCUUCUCAAAACUAGCACAACUGCUAUUUUGCAAAGCGUCGGAGGCAUACACAGUGGCUGUGGUGUUUCCUCUAUUGCUUGGCUCGUAUAUGCUUUGGUUCUCACUCUUAAAGACAGAGACAACACUUCACCGGAGAUCAUAGGCGUCGCGUCGGCCAUUCUUGGCCUUCUUUGCCUCUCUUCUCUGGUCUGGGCGUUCAUCAUUCUCACAAUCUCCUAUGACCCGAAAUCCAAAUCCUACACAAGCCAACUUGGGUCUAGGUUGAUCAAAACACAAGAAUUUUGGUUUACUGUAGCCAUCACAAUCAUUAUAAUCAUCCCAUGGCUCACAGUUCAACGUGUUCGUGUCAAUAUCUCCACCGCUUCCGGCCACGCAUCGAUCAUCAAAUUCAAUGGAGGAAUCAAAGCUGGAAUACUGGGAAGAAUCAGUCCUUCAUCACUCUCAGAAUGGCACGCCUUUGGGAUAAUCUCAGACGGAAAGAAAGACCACAUGAUGCUUGCUGGUGCAGUUGGAGACUUCACAAGAUCUCUUGUCUCGAACCCACCAAGCCACUUGUGGGUUCGGCAAGUUCACUUCGCAGGCCUGCCAUAUCUGGUGAACCUGUACGAGAGAGUGUUGUUGGUGGCCACUGGUUCAGGAAUCUGCGUGUUCCUCUCCUUUCUGUUGCAGCCAUGUAGAGCAGAUGUGAAUUUGUUUGGGCAUCCAAAAGAGAAGGUGAUAGUUCAGGAUACUACUGUUCUUGGGAGGCCAAAUGUGUCUGAACUCAGUGUGAUCACAGCCAAGAGGUGUAAUGCUCAGGUGGUCAUCGUCACCAGCAAUCCUGAAGGAAGCAGAGACGUUGUGAAUGCCUGCAAGAAAGCUGGGAUUGCAGCAUUUGGACCGAUAUGGGAUUCUUAGUUUAAUUUCAUUUUCUUCUUAUCAAGUAAUUAAUUUCCUUUGGUACGUACUGUCCAUUAAUAAU